AUGGCCUUCUCAAGAGCAGGAUUGUGUGAGCCCACGUCCCCGCCCCCUGGGCCGCGUGCACGCUGGCUCCUGCCCCUCAGCAGACGCCGGAGAGAGAUGAGUAGCAACAAAGAGCAGCGGUCAGCAGUGUUCGUGGUCCUCUUUGCGCUCAUCACCAUCCUCAUCCUCUACAGCUCCAACAGCGCCAACGAGGUCUUCCACUAUGGCUCCCUGCGCGCCCGCAGCCGCAGGCCCAUCAACCUCAAGAAGUGGAGCAUCGCCGAUGGCUACGUCCCCAUUCUCGGCAACAAGACACUGCCCUCCCGGUGCCGCCAGUGUGUGAUCGUCACCAGCUCCAGCCACCUGCUGGGCACCAAGCUGGGCCCCGAGAUCGAGCGGGCCGAGUGCACCAUCCGCAUGAACGACGCGCCCACCACGGGCUUCUCGGCGGACGUGGGCAACAAGACCACCUUCCGCGUGGUGGCCCACUCCAGCGUGUACCGCGUGCUGAAGAGGCCCCAGGAGUUCGUCAACCGGACCCCCGAGACCGUGUUCAUCUUCUGGGGGCCCCCCACCAAGAUGCAGAAGCCCCAGGGCAGCCUCGUGCGCCUCAUCCAGCGGGCUGGCCUGGCGUUCCCCAGCAUGGAGGCCUACGCCGUCUCUCCCGGCCGCAUGCGCCAAUUCGAUGACCUCUUCCGGGGUGAGACAGGCAAGGACAGGGAAAAGUCCCACUCGUGGCUGAGCACGGGCUGGUUCACCAUGGUGAUUGCGGUGGAGCUGUGUGACCACGUGCACGUCUAUGGCAUGGUGCCCCCCGACUACUGCAGCCAGCGGCCCCGUCUGCAGCGCAUGCCCUACCACUACUACGAACCCAAGGGGCCGGACGAGUGUGUCACCUACGUCCAGAACGAGCACAGCCGUAAGGGCAACCACCACCGCUUCAUCACCGAGAAGAGGGUCUUCUCGUCCUGGGCGCAGCUGUACGGGAUCACCUUCUCCCACCCCUCCUGGACCUAG